AUGAACGAAUUGUCUGAUCAGCUAUCCCAAAAUCUCAAAUGUGACAUUACGCUGAUUGGCCAGCGAGUCAUGCGCGCGCCGCAGCUUAUCAAGGAUAAACUCGAUAUUGGGUUUCAAUUCAAAGAUAAAAGCUUCGACGUUAUCCAGGAGACAUUUAAUCACAUACAUAACUCCGUAUUGACCCUUGAUACGGAAUGCACGCGGUUUUCUACCCAAAUUACCAACCUCAUGAAUCAUACGCAGAACUUGAAUCGGGGCUUUCAGGAGAUCAUCUCCCGGGGCGCUUGGGAUAAUAUUCAGGUCGGUUCGCCGGUGUCGCCAAACAGUGUCAUGUCGCCAGUUGGGAGAGACUUUUCUCCUGCUGUGGCAACGCCGACCACGAAGCGGUUUAAUUUCAGCAAGUACGUGGACCGAUUCCAAACGACUAUCGUGAAGAUCAAGUCUGAUCAGCAGCAGUUCCAGACGCGCGUGGUCUUGCCCCUCCUGCAACUCAAGGACUUGGGGCUGCGCAUACAGAAACCCCUAGAGGAACGCCGGAAUCUCGUGCUCGACAUCAAUUCGUACAGCAGCAAGGUUGAGAAGUACAAUCAGCGCGUCCACACGAACGAGCUCACGCUCAAAGGAGAGCAAAAACGCAUGAAGUACGACAAGAAGCUUGAGGAUGUUCGCUUCAAAUACGAGGCGUUAAACUCCAUCCUCAAGGUCGAGCUUCAAGUGUACUUUGACCUAUUCCGCGACUUCUUGAGCGCCUGGUUUCCUCUUUACCUCUACAUCACUUACUCGCUUUAUUAUAACCUCUAUCAGUUCUUGGGCAACUGCCCAGAAGUCCGGAAACUACUUGAGAAAAGCGGCUUUUCUAGUCUGGCCCCUGUAUCGUCUGUCGUCAACACGUCGCGCAACCUUGUUGAGGAUUUCCAUGUUUCGUUCGAUGGCGCCAUGAAACACCUCCAGAGCCUCAACAUCAUCAACUACAAGAAGUUGUGCGCCCUUGUAUAUGCAGGCGAAAAUGAUGAUGGCUCCAGGGCCAACGCGUUUUCGGGAAUCAUCCCUACCGUGUACGCCACCGCGCUUUACGAUUACGAUCCCCAGUUCAACGACCCCCAGUACCUUUCCAUUAAGAAGGGGGACAUCAUCCAGGUGAUUACGCAAUCAAAAAAUGGAUGGUGGUAUGGCGAUCUUCUUCGUACCAAAACUAAGGGUCUAUUCCCUCAGAGUUACGUGCAGGUCCAAGACUAUGGGCUGUGA